CGCACAAAAGAAACGAGAAAUUAAAAAAAAAAAAAUUAUCUCCUCGUCUCUCUGUGUCUUUAAUUUUCGGGAGAAAAAUUCUUUUCUCGAUCUCUGGAGACUUGAGAUUGAGAGAGAGAUUAGAAAUAAGUAAUAGUGAUGGAUCAGAUUUUGAACAAGGUGGGUUCGUAUUGGAUCGGCCACAAAGCCAGCAAGGAGCUCAAUUCAGUUGGAAGUGAUAUCAGUUCACUGGGAAGCAGCAUUGAAGGAGGAACGAAAUGGCUGGUUAAUAAAAUUAAAGGGAAAAUGCAAAAGCCGUUGCCUGACCUGCUAAAGGAGUAUGAUUUGCCAGUUGGAAUCUUCCCCCGUGAUGCCACCAAUUAUGAGUUCAAUGAAGAGACACGAAAGCUUACUGUCUUCAUUCCUGCAAUUUGUGAAGUUGGGUACAAGGACUCAUCUGUUUUGCGUUUUAACACCACUGUCACUGGAUAUCUGGAGAAAGGAAGGUUUGCAGACAUAGAGGGGAUGAAGACUAAGUUUGUUAUUUGGGUAAAAGUGACCUCCAUCACAUCUGAGGGAUCAAAGCUCCAUUUUAUGGUGGGGAUGAAGAAAACCAGGAGAAGGGAGGCUUAUGAGGUUCAUAGAGAUGGAGUUAGUGUAGAUAAGUUCUGAUAUUAUUUUAAUGCUUUUGACAUUAGUAUUAAAAUUGUUAUGACCUUCCACCCUUUUGCCAUACCGAAUGGAACAUUACGUGCUAGCCUAUGUAAUUCGUUUCUGUAUGUACACAGACCUGUUUUUCAAAUCUUAAAUGCUUGCUGUGGAUGUUUCGUUGGUUGA